AUGUGGCCGCAGCAUCAUCUCAAGUCAUGGGCUCCAUUCCGCAUCGAUGCUCUUGGCCUGAUCACCAUCAUCGGAGCACCACAGGUCAACCGAGCACUCGGGACCUUGGUCACCCACGGCUUAGCAGAGUAUCUGCCUUUGUUGGCACAGCAAGAGCUCGCGGGAGAUUCCAUCUUGGAACCCAUCACUGGCUUCCAUUUAUACAAUCUUGACGAUCACAUCUACGCCACCGAUAUUGCUGGCUGGUUCGGCCGAUGGCUAAAAUACCAAAAGUCGCUCUCCUGGAAUUCGACAUGCUUCUUCAUUGACACUAUUGACAAUCCUUGGACAAUGCCAGCCUGGCAGAAAGCGGCGGGGAUUUCCUUGCCGAUUCUGUUCAUGACUGGAGCUGCUGCGCUCGCUGUCGCCGCCGAGGACUGGUUCGGCCUGGCCAACGUCGGUGCUUUGGCCGUCUCGGUCUUGGUUCGCGUCGCUCUUCUCAGUACACUGCGGGCGGCGUUGGAUGACGGGCUGAUGCAGGUCUUCGGCGAGAAAUGGGCCUGGAGUAUGAAAAAGAUCUUGCUGGUCACGCCCGAGGGCAAGGCCAUAACUCUGUUCGCCCCGCUCGGGUUGGUGACAGAGGCGAUCCUGACGACGCCGAAGGUGGCCCAUCCCACAAGAUAUCGGCUCUGGCGUUACCUGGGCUGGUUGUGCUUCGGCGUCCACAUUCUCACCCUGGGGAUGAGCUCGCUCGCGUCUCAGAUCCUGACUGUUUGCUUGUUGUUGACCAGCACUUUCAUUGUGACGAGCUGGAUGGUCAGCAAAGAGUAUUACGUUGGCUCCCAUAUCAGAAUCAGAAGGUUUGAUGACCUCGGCGACCGAGAAUCAAGAAGACGUGCUUACGUCCGCCUGGAGAUGAGUCCAGAGCAAGAGCAAACCUUCGCCACUUGGGGAAUCAUGCCACAAAGGGCCAAUGCCACCUGGUGGGUCGAAUACGAAUCCCUGAAAGCAAAGCAAGACAGAAGCAGAUUCCUAGCUUGGAAGACCGAGUGCCUUGCCUCAACCCGCCGGCCUCCGGCAUCUGGAUGA